AUGGCAUCGAAAGAGCAGACAGAGAGCCUGAGCAAGUACCUGCGGUGUGGCCUGUGCCGGGAGCUGUUCCAGCAGCCAGUCAUCCUGGAGUGCGGCCACAACUUCUGCCGGGGCUGCAUCCAGAGCGAGUGGGAGAAGGUAGAAGGGGGAGGCUCCUGUCCAGAGUGUCUGACCCUGUCCCGGGGCAGUCACCUCAAACUCAACAGGGCCCUAGCUAACCUGGCCGACAGGCUGAGGAACCUGAAGCCAGCUCGAGAGCGCGCUCCUUGGGCAGAGGCUCCGGGGGGAGAGCCUGGCUUCGGCCUCUAUUGCAGUGAGCACCGGGAGGAACUGAAACUGUUCUGUGAGACUGACCGCCAGCUGAUCUGUGUGAUGUGCCUGGACGGCAGAGGGGGGCACAGCCACAAGUUCCAUGACUUCAUGCUCAUCCAUGAAGCUGUCAACAAAUACAAGGAAAGACUGAAAACAUCCCUGGACAAUCUGAGACAGAAGAUCAUCAUCCUAGAAGCAAAGUUGAAAGAGAAACAGGGCAUUUCGGAAAUUGGAGAGAAAUCAGCCAGUCUGCAGAACCUUAUCUCUUCCGAAUUCGCUAAAAUGCACCAGUUCCUGAACAGGAGAGAAGAGAGUUUGAUUCGAGAGCUGAAGGACCACGAAGACAACCUUUCAGGAGUGAUGGAAAAGAACCUUCAAGAGAUAAAAAAUCAUUUAGAUUCUGUUCAGCGGAAAUUGUCGCGAUUGCACACGAAAAUGGACCAGCGAGCAUCAGUCCACUUCUUGGAGGUACCGGGGGGUUCUCCAACCUGUUUGACUUUGGAUCCCAAUACUGCACAUUCCUGGCUCAUCCUGUCCGAUGAUCUGACCAGCGUAAGAUACGGAGAUAGGGGACAGUCUCUCCCUGAGACACCCGAGAGGUUUUAUCCCUGUGUGUGUGUACUGGCGUCAGAGGGAUUCAACUCAGGCAAACACUACUGGGAGGUUGAGGUGGGAAACAGCGCUGAGUGGGAUCUUGGAGUGGUGACGGAAUCCAUCAACAGGAAAGGAGAUAUCACGGCCAUGCCAGAGGCUGGUUACUGGAUCGUGUGGCUGAGGAGGAGUGAGUAUAAAGCUGGCACAUUUCCACGUACCCUCCUGUCUGUGGACAUCAAGCCCCGGAAGAUCGGGAUCUACCUGAACUACGAGGAGGGGCAGGUGUCAUUUUACAAUGCAGACAGCAUGUUCCACCUCCACACCUUCAUCGACAUCUUCACUGAGAAACUUUACCCUUUCUUCAGUCCUUGCUUGAAUGGUCAUGGGGAGAACACAGAACCACUCAAAAUCUGCUCCAUGAAAGGUCAUUAUCGGUGA